AUGUCUGAAGAUAACAAUGAAGUCGGUGCAUCGACAGAGAAACAACAGAAUGGCAUUAACGGCAAAAAAAGUAACGGCAGAAAAACAAGUGUUUACGAGAAACCCCUAGAUCUUGAUGAUGUGCUGGUCAAUGAGCUGGGGCAGUUCGGCUGGUUCCAGCUGCGCAAUUUAGCCCUCGUGUCAAUACCGAUAAUCAUGUCUGCUUUUAUGAGUGAAUAUAUUUUUUCUGCGGCUACCGUACCAUACAGAUGUCGAAUUCCAGAAUGUGGCGAAGAUGGAAAAUCGAACGAAUUUGAACCCGAAUGGAUUUUAAACGCCGUACCGGAGAGUAACUCAAGAUUUGCUAGUUGUGAGAGAUACGUUCCUUUAGGUGUCAAUGGAACACUAAAUUACUGUCCUUCAAGUAUCUUCAACCAGUUGGAAAGGACUGGUUGCGAUAGUUUUGUCUACGAAAGGGACAAUACGGUUGUAUAUGAGUUCGAUCUUGGAUGUCAGGAGUGGAUGCGCGCAUUAUCCGGAACUCUAAACAGUGUCGGGACAUUGCUAGUGUUGCCAAUCACUGGCUACAUUUCCGACCGUUUCGGUCGCAAAGUGGCUCUCAUAAUUAACGUUUUCAACGUAGGUCUCUUUGGUCUGAUCCGUGCCUUCUCCGUUAACUACCCCAUGUACAUGGUACUGCAACUGGUACAAACAACCCUUGGAGCGGGAACAUACAGUUCUGCAUAUAUAUUCGCUACUGAACUUGUUGGUCCAAAAUAUCGUGUAGCAACAAGUGCUACAUGCUCUUCGAUGUUCGCUAUUGGACAAAUAGUACUCGGAGGAGUAGCCUGGCUGGUAGCACCUUGGCGAUACAUGAAUAUGGUGAUUCACAUCCCCUGUUUCCUAAUUAUCAUCUACUAUUGGGUUUUGAGUGAGAGUGUCAGGUGGCUCCUUUCCAAGGGGAAGUACAAUGAAGCACAAAAAGUUUUGGAGACUGUGGCCAGAGUCAACAAAACGCAAAUAAGUGAGAAAAGUAUGGAAGCAUUGAUAUCUACGUCAAAAAAUUCCACUGUAGCAUCUAAAGUCGAAAAACCCGGGUUGUUUCAAAGUAUCAUACGUUCCCCCACCUUACUCCGUCGAGUGUGCACGACUCCGAUCUGGUGGAUCACCACGACAUUCGUCUACUACGGCCUGUCCAUCAACUCGACCAGCCUCUCUGACACCAUGCACCUCAACUUUAUCUUAACUGCUGCUAUUGAAAUUCCUGGCUUGAUCACAGCAGUUCUUGUACUUAACAGAAUUGGUAGAAAGGCGACCCUCUCUGCUGGGUUCUUCUUCAGCGCCCUCUGUAACAUAAUAUUUGUCUUUAUCUCUAACGAUUUGUAUGUUCUUCGUCUGAUAAUAUUCUUGCUGGGCAAAUUUGGAAUCUCGGCGGUGAUGACUUCGGUGUACCUGUUCACCUCCGAACUGUAUCCCACUGAGUAUCGUCACAGUUGUCUCGCCUUCUCGUCGAUGAUUGGUCGCAUUGGAUCUAUCACGGCACCUCUCACUCCUGUACUGACGGAGUACUGGCAUGGAAUACCAUCAAUGUUAUUCGGCGGUAUGGGUAUUCUGUCUGGUCUGCUAGUCCUCACACAGCCUGAAACAUUGGGCACCAAAAUGCCAGACACAAUAGCUGAAGCUGAAGCUCUCGGGAAGAAGAAAAACCCUGAAGAAUUGAAAUGAUUCACUUAUUUAUUGAUCUGUAUUUUUUUUUAAGAUAGUAUAAUCGUUUUUUAUUGUAUAAUAUAUAAACUUGAAAAUAUUGGUUUACUUACGUACAUAAAAAUUGAGACGUAA